AACAAAUAAUAUAAUAUAUAUAGCAAGUAAGUAACAAGGUUCUCCUAAGCUUCGCUCUUCUACUUCUAUUAAUAAUAGCCAUGGUGACAGUCGAGGAGAUUCUCCGGGUCCAACGGGCCGAGGGAGCGGCCGCUGUCUUGGCCAUCGGAACAGCCACUCCUCAUAAUGGUGUUGAUCAAAGCACCUAUCCUGACUAUUUUUUCCGUGUCACUAAUAACGAGCAUAAGACGGAGCGCAUGUGUGAUGGAUCAGUGAUUAAGAAGAGGUACAUACACUUAACAGAAGAAAUCUUGAAAGAGAAUCCUAAUAUUUGUGAACACAAUGCACCUUCCUUUAAUGCUAGGCAAGACAUUGUGGUGGUUGAAGUGCCAAAACUUGGCAAGGAGGCAGCCCAAAAAGCCAUCAAUGAAUGGGGCCAACCAAAAUCCAAGAUUACCCAUUUAGUCUUUUGCACCACUAGU